AUGCAGUUCUCAGCCACCGUUCUCCUGCUUCUCGGCAACGCCGUCCUUGGCCUCGCGAUGCCCGCUCCGGCUAGCAAUGCGGCCGAGGGCCUGGAAAAGCGUUGCAUCGCCACGGGCGACGACUGCACCAACCGAUACACCGAAUGCUGCUCUAGCAUUGAUUCCGAGACCACUCGCUUCUAG